UGAUCAGGGUGGGGUACUGCGCAUGCGCGGUGUGUCUUUGUGGCCCGGCUCCUUUUGGAUACCUGUCUGGUUUGUCUUGGGUCUUGGGGUCAUUUUCCCUUUUUUUUGCACGUCCACUUUCCUCUAUACAUCCACGGUUCUCUCUGUUACUCUGUACACCUGUUUUUCUCUUGAUAUUAUCUGAAAUCGCUCAGGGCGUCGACAGCCACCAAGCAGAGCAUCCAUUCAUCCUUUCAUUGGCUUCUGAGGUUUCCCAGUUUUGCUAGCUUCGGAUUAGCCAAGAGGACAGCUGUGUAGAGGGAUUCUUAAAAAUGUCUGGUUACCAAGGAAAAAAGAACAUCCCUAAAAUCACAAGUGACCGUCUCCUCAUCAAAGGAGCAAAAAUAGUAAAUGAUGAUCAGUCUUUUUUGGCUGAUAUUUAUAUGGAAGAUGGCGUUAUCAAGCAAAUUGGUGACAACCUCAUUGUCCCUGGAGGUGUCAAGACAGUUGAGGCUCAUGGGAGGAUGGUGAUGCCUGGAGGUAUAGAUGUGCACACCCGGUUUCAGAUGCCCGAUCGAGGCAUGGUUUCAGCAGACGACUUUUAUCAGGGCACCCGUGCUGCUUUAGCUGGAGGAACCACCAUGAUCAUUGACCAUGUGGUGCCAGAGCCUGGCACUAGUUUGCUGUCAGCUUUUAACCAAUGGAGGGAAUGGGCUGACAGCAAGUCCUGCUGUGACUACUCUCUGCAUGUGGAUCUCACGGACUGGAACAAGGGGACCCAGGAGGAGAUGGAGACCUUAGUGAAGGAUCAUGGUGUCAACUCUUUCCUCGUCUAUUUGGCUUAUAAGGAUGUUUUCCAACUUUCUGACUCCCAGAUAUAUGAAGUGUUUAGUGUCAUCAGAGAUUUGGGAGCCAUUGCACAGGUGCAUGCUGAGAAUGGAGACAUUAUUGCAGAGGAGCAAAAACGUAUUUUGGAACUUGGUAUCACUGGUCCUGAAGGUCAUGUGCUUAGCCGCCCUGAGGAGGUAGAGGCUGAAGCAGUUAACCGCUCCGUCACCAUCGCCAAUCAGACCAACUGUCCUCUCUAUAUCACCAAGGUGAUGAGUAAGAGUGCUGCUGAUGUCAUUGCCCUGGCAAGAAAAAAAGGUGCUGUGGUUUAUGGGGAACCAAUAUCUGCCAGCUUGGCCACAGAUGGUACCCAUUACUGGAGCAAGAACUGGGCUAAGGCAGCUGCCUUUGUCACUUCUCCUCCGCUGAGCCCUGAUCCCACCACCCCUGAUUAUCUAAACUCCCUCCUGUCAUGUGGGGACCUGCAAGUGACUGGCAGUGCCCACUGCACCUUCCAUACCUCUCAGCGUGCCAUAGGAAAAGAUAACUUUACUCUCAUUCCUGAAGGCACCAAUGGCACAGAGGAGAGGAUGUCUCUGAUCUGGGACAAAUGUGUGGCCACUGGAAAAAUGGAUGAGAACCAAUUUGUUGCAGUGACCAGCACAAAUGCAGCAAAGAUAUUUAACCUUUAUCCACGUAAGGGUCGUAUUGCUGUCGGCUCUGAUGCAGACCUUGUGCUCUGGGAUCCAGAUGUCACUAAAAUAAUUUCAGCCAAGACUCACAACCUGGCAGUGGAGUAUAACAUAUUUGAAGGUGCAGAGGUGCGUGGUGCUCCUUUGGUUGUUAUUAGCCAGGGCAAAAUUGUUCUGGAGGAUGGAACGCUUCACACAACUGAGGGCUGUGGCCGCUACAUCAGCCGAAAACCCUUCCCUGAUCAGGUGUACAAGAGGAUAAAAGCCCGGAGCAGGCUGACAGAGUUGCGGGGUGUUCCCAGGGGCCAGUAUGAUGGCCCUGUGUGUGAGGUUACUGUGACUCCCAAAGUGUCUGUGGUUUCAUCUGUGAAGAUGUCACCCACAAAACAGGAACAGCAGCCACAGUUCACCCACCAUCCUGUACGCAACCUUCAUCAGUCUGGCUUCAGUUUGUCUGGAGCUCAAAUUGAUGACAAUGUUCCCCGCCGUAACACCCAGCGCAUUGUAGCGCCCCCUGGAGGAAAGGCCAACAUUACUAGCCUCGGUUAAGCUCGUACUUCAUAAGGCAGGCAAUUCUGGGCCCAGAGGUCACCUUGCAAGUGUCGUACCAUAUUCAUUAUUUUGCUACAACCUCUGAGCCUCCCUGCACCCCACUGACCAACUAUCUUUAAGUUUUCACAUAGAUUUAAGUAAUUAUUUAUACUUUGAUGUCACAUCUGAAAUGAUUUGCUUUUUAAAUUUGUAUAUGUUUACAUGUACGGUCUGCACUGUUGUGUUUGGCUCCAAAGGGGAUAUAACAUUUUAACAGCACCACAGUUUUGGCAGAUUUUUCAUGUCCUUAAUUUUUAUUAGAAUAAGCAUGUUGUCUAAAAGCUCCCUUAGUUCCCUUAGUAAUCUGAGUUUUAAUGUGUACUGUUUUGUUACAUAUGAUCUGUGCAGCUAGACAAUUCAUCUGGGUCUUCCCUUUGUGUCUUUGUGGCACUUCCUCACUUUAUUUUUGUUAUAUUAUUUCUUUGAGAUUAUUUAGUUUUUAUCUAAUGUUUCUGUGAAAUGCAAUGUACAUUCUGCACUCAAAGGAAAAGAAAGGGUUUUAAAAAGCUGUGACUUGUUAUGUGGAAAAAACUGAUUCAUAAGCUUUGAAAAUGUUCAGAAGUGAAUUUAAUAUUUUUGUCUUUUCUUUAUUUGUCAAGAGCCUCCAUUCUUCCUUUCAGAUCACUUUACAAACAAAAACCUUACAGACAAAAACAACAAAAGCAUGAUCCAGUGUCAUCUUGUAACCACUUUGCUCUUGGUGCUAAACCACACUGAAUAAAACCACUUUAGUAUAUAGUCCUGCCAUGCCAUUCCAAAUAGUAUUAUGAGCUAGCAACUUUCACUUGUGCUGGUUAUAACUGUAUUUUAAAGUUUUUCAUUGAACUGCCUGCCGGCUUUGUUGUAUAAGAUAUUGAUAGCACACUGUACGUAUGAAGGCUCUGAUAAGAAGUGAGACCUCUAUAAUGGAGACCUGAAGAAGCUCUUGGUGUGUGUAUAUGUCCACAGUGUGCUGAUGAUGUGUCCACUGUUCUGUGUUUGUGUUGUGAAUGAAUUUUAUCUUUUCUCAUUAUACGUUUCCUCUCUGAUAGUAGCUACACGCACCAAACCACAAAUUGUGAUCAAAGUCUUCACAAAUGCACCAUAUUAUGUAAAAAAAAAUAUUUUAUCUGUCAUUGCUUUGUCAAGUGUAGGGUUUGUACAUGAAGCUAUAAUGUGAAGUGAACAAUGACAAUGGUUAUAUUGAGAUGCACUCUUGUUACUUUCCUCCAGAUGGUGUGAUACUGUUGGAUAUUGUUUUGUAGGGAAACAGGGAUGUUCUAAGGGAAACCAACUGCUAUGUCCACAAACCAGCCCUAUCUGUGUGAACUUCAGUGGAAUAAAACACUUAAACC